GCCCAAAGCCUCCCCGCCCCCUCCACGGCUAACUCGGCUCCGGGACAAAGGACUUUGUGUGUCGCCGCUUUAUCUCCGUUCCCUGUGAUAACUUGGUCUUUCUUGGAAGCCCAAGUCCCUUCCAGGUCAGGGGACUUUCCCGACUUGGAGGUUGGGUUUUCCCACCAAGCACGUCCACUUAGGUUCUCAGCUCUGGGACUGACCCUAUAGCCCCGAGGGUCGCGGCCUGAAUGGUCUAUUAAGAACGGUUCCAGGGAGCUGGGUUUUGGCUGCGUGGCCUUUCAGAGCCUUGGUUUCCUCAAGAUAAUAAUAAUAGUACCUCUCGCCUCAUCGCACAGAAUUGUGCAUAACGGAGAAAACUGUUUUGAAAGUAACCAAAGGCGUGCCUGACAAAUAUGAGGAUGUAGUAUAAUUAUUGAAUCGUGGACUGCCAAGCGGACACGUUGAUUCCUUUCUCCCCGAAGGGGUUAAAUGUCCUUCCAGCGCUGCUGCUGUCCUUUCACUCCCGCUCUUUUCCGCCCCCCAACAAUCGCGUGGUCGGCCUGGAAAGGCGAACUAUAGUUCCCAGGGUGCCUCGCGAGGCCACAAGGAACUACGAUUCCCAGAGCCCCCCGCGGUGGGGCGGGGUUGAGUCGGAACCACAAUAGCCAGGCGAAGAAACUACAACUCCCAGGGCGUCCCGGAGCAGGCCAACGGGACUACGGGAAGCAGCGGGCAGCGGCCCGCGGGAGGCACCUCGGAGAUCUGGGUGCAAAAGCCCAGGGUUAGGAACCGUAGGCAUGCUGCGCCCCAAGGCUUUGACCCAGGUGCUAAGCCAAGCCAACACUGGAGGCGUCCAGAGCACCCUGCUGCUGAAUAACGAGGGAUCACUGCUGGCCUACUCUGGUUACGGGGACACUGACGCCCGGGUCACCGCUGCCAUAGCCAGUAACAUCUGGGCCGCCUACGACCGGAACGGGAACCAAGCGUUUAAUGAAGACAAUCUCAAAUUCAUCCUCAUGGACUGCAUGGAGGGCCGUGUAGCCAUCACCCGAGUGGCCAACCUUCUGCUGUGUAUGUAUGCCAAGGAGACCGUGGGCUUUGGAAUGCUCAAGGCCAAGGCCCAGGCUUUGGUGCAGUACCUGGAGGAGCCCCUCACCCAAGUGGCGGCAUCUUAACGGCAUUGGUGGAAGCUGGGGUCAGAAAAGAGAAAUGACCAUUUGGAGGGGCGGGGCCUCCUAGAAGAACCUUCUUAGACAAUGGGGGGAGGAUGGGACUUUGUUUUUUCCAAGAAUAAACUUCAACUCCUGUCA